UCCCCUCCCCUUUUGUGGCCUUCGUUCCCAGCCAUCCUUAUGCACGCCCUUGUAAUCCGGCUUGCGGUUUUAGAUCCAAAGGUUCGAGAAAAUAAAACGAUUUCUUCUUCAUCAACCCACUCUGCUCUCGUCCCCUGCUCUUUAUGCAGAUUUCCCAUUGAGAAAGUAAGCAAAGCUUUCCACAGCAACCCACCCGGAACACGAUGAAUCUAUUCCGCUUCCUGGGAGACAUUUCUCAUCUGUUGGCUAUCAUCAUCCUGCUAUUGAAGAUCUGGAAGACCCGAUCAUGUGCUGGGAUCUCUGGGAAGAGUCAAGCUCUCUUUGCCAUUGUUUUCACUACUCGGUACCUAGAUCUGUUUACCAACUACAUCUCGUUGUACAACACCUCCAUGAAGGUGGUGUAUGUUGCCUGUUCCUAUGCUACUGUAUGGAUGAUCUAUAGCAAAUUCAAAGCCACCUAUGAUGGCAACCAUGACACCUUCAGAGUGGAGUUCCUGGUUAUUCCUACAGCAGUGUUAGCUUUCCUAGUGAAUCAUGAUUUCACACCCCUAGAGAUUCUCUGGACCUUCUCCAUCUACCUGGAGUCAGUGGCUAUUUUGCCACAACUCUUCAUGGUCAGUAAAACAGGUGAGGCAGAGACAAUCACCAGUCAUUAUCUCUUCGCUUUGGGAGUCUACCGCGCCCUCUACCUGUUCAACUGGAUUUGGCGUUAUCAGUUUGAGGGCUUCUUCGACCUCAUUGCCAUUGUGGCUGGCUUGGUGCAAACUAUCCUAUACUGCGAUUUCUUCUACCUCUACAUUACAAAAGUUCUAAAAGGCAAGAAGUUGAGUUUGCCUGCAUAAGUUAAGAUCAAGACAGCAACAAAAUACUUUGGCCGAGGAGAAUGAAGGGAAUGCUUCACAGAAAAUUAGACAUGCAGAUUCAGAUUUCUUUUUUUAAAAAAGUUAGUGACCUAUUGAUCUCAACUUCCACCCUGAACUUUUAUCUAAGUGUGGUUUGAGACAAAACAAUGGAUGGUUAUUCUACUCAACAGACUGCUAUAGACGGGGGUGAGGCAAAAUGCAGCUUGAAUCCCAAGCUAAUAAUGACUACUCCUGGUUAAUAUGUAGAUUGUAGAUUUGGGGGUUUUUUUUAAACCCAUUUUGAUCAUUCUCAGUGUCUAAAAUGCUCAAGUAUUAUUUUUUGAUGAAUCAGCACACGUAGGAAAUAUAAUUAAAAAAACCUCUGUUAUCUCUAUCCUCUUAGUUUGCACUCAUUAUUUUGGGUGCUAUGUUGAUAAAUGCUAAUAAGAUGUAAGCUUUUCUGUUCAUGAAGGCCUGGUGCUGCAAAGCUAUCCAGAUAGACAGGAGUGCUUGCAAAUUGUGUUUCUUUUAAGUAUGGGUUUUUCUUUGGAUCUCAGUUUUUGAAACAUUAGUGGCAAGAAAAUACCCUCUCCUUUAAAUAUUUGUCACUUAACUCUUCAUUUUUGUAUUAUUUGAUGGUUAAACCUUCAUCCACUUUAAAUAAAAUGGAAAAAACUCUUCCCCUUAUUAAUUAGUGCCUUUGUGGGAAGGAUGGGAAUUUAAAUAAAAAUAAAUUCUGCUUUUUUUCCUGUUUGUAA